CCAAUCAGAGGCGAGGGGAGGCGGGACCAGGUGGAUGGAUGACUGGAGUUUCCCUUGCGGUCUCAAGAUUAAUGGAAGAGGUCUGUUGAUCUGAAGAAUCGACUAUCAGGUGGUCGGUCCCAGGAUUUCGCUGCGCUUCACGGCUGCUCGAGGAACGAAUGGAAACAUAUCGGUUUAUAUAACCGACUACGGGGGGAAAACCGGGUCAGCGAGAAGCAGAUUGUGCCACCCAGAUAUCAACUGGCAAGGCCUGAGACGGCACCUGGUUCGCUAAGGCCAGGCUCUGACUGCACGGACCGCCAAAUGCUAACGUUAGCUUGCUAGUUAAAAACACACCAAAAAAAAAAAAAAAAAAACACCUUUCGACGAUUUGCAUCCGCACCGGAUAUUGGAGGAAACCGGGCGGCCCCUGGAAUAAAGGAGAAGAGGAGUGACACCCGCGGGGGCUCGUCGGCAAUCUGUCGGAGACAUUUUUUUGCGAGCGAGCGAACGUCAGUAAACUGAUAUCCGCCGACUUAGCCCCGCGAGGCUAACGCGCUAGCCUAGCUAACCUCGUCGGUCAGUGGUUUUAGCCGCGGACUUGGAGCCGCUCGCUUUGGCUCGAGGUUUUUCUCCCCCCCCUCCACUCCCCUUUCUCUCCCCCCGAAACCGACGAACGCUAAACUGCCGGGAGGAAAGUUUUCAUCGCAUUCGUUUCCCGAGGAUGGUCGCUGUCAGCUAGGAGCCCGGCUGUCAACUUCAGUGAGUCCCGGCGACUCGGUUAGCAGGCGAGCCAUAACUAAGCGACUUCUAAGAAAAAGUCCUUCGGAGCCAAGAGACCCCACCAUCGGGCUGCAGUCAUGGGCAACACGCCCACCGCCAAGAAGGGCAAUGAAAUGGAGAGUGUGAAAGAGUUUCUUGCCAAAGCCAAAGAAGAUUUCCUGAAAAAAUGGGAGAAUCCAGCAAUGCAAACCGCGGCGUUGGAUCACUUCGAACGCUUGAAGACCUUAGGCACCGGCUCCUUUGGCCGCGUCAUGUUGGUUAAACACAAAGAGUCAGGCCAGCAUUUUGCCAUGAAGAUACUUGACAAACAAAAGGUAGUGAAACUGAAGCAGAUAGAACACACGCUGAACGAGAAACGUAUCCUGCAAGCUGUCAAUUUCCCCUUCCUGGUGCGACUGGAGCACUCGUUUAAGGAUAACAGUAAUCUGUAUAUGGUGAUGGAGUAUGUGCCUGGGGGGGAAAUGUUCUCACAUUUAAGGAGGAUUGGUAGAUUUAGUGAACCGCACGCCCGCUUCUACGCAGCCCAGAUUGUACUGACCUUUGAAUACCUUCACUCCUUGGAUCUCAUCUACCGGGAUCUGAAGCCAGAGAACCUCCUGAUUGAUCAGCAAGGUUACAUACAGGUAACAGAUUUUGGAUUUGCAAAAAGAGUGAAAGGCCGAACCUGGACGCUUUGUGGGACUCCAGAGUAUCUGGCACCAGAAAUCAUCCUCAGUAAAGGUUACAAUAAGGCGGUGGACUGGUGGGCUCUGGGGGUUCUGAUAUACGAGAUGGCCGCUGGUUAUCCUCCGUUCUUCGCAGACCAGCCCAUUCAGAUUUAUGAAAAGAUUGUAUCGGGGAAGGUUCGUUUCCCAUCCCACUUCAGCUCAGACCUGAAGGAUAUGUUGAGAAAUUUGCUGCAGGUGGACCUGACCAAGCGCUUCGGCAACCUCAGGAACGGAGUCAACGACAUCAAGGGUCACAAGUGGUUUGCCACCACAGACUGGAUUGCCAUCUACCAGAGAAAGGUGGAAGCUCCUUUUAUCCCAAAGUGCAAAGGACCCGGCGACACGAGCAACUUCGACGACUACGAAGAGGAGGAAAUCCGAGUUUCCAUCACAGAGAAGUGUACAAAGGAGUUUGCAGAGUUUUAGAUUCCAACCACGAGUAGCAGAGUGAGGGACAGAGAUUUAGAAGGUAAAAGGGGAUCUGGAUACAGGAAACGCUAGGUUGGACUGACAACUUGCUCAUUUGUAAUGAGGAAAACAAUGUAAAAUCACCCUCACUACCCCUAACCCCCCCCCCCACACACACACACACACACAAAAAUUGGUAAGCUAGGCAAAGCGAAGAAAGAUCUACAGAACCAGCAGUGUUGCCUUUUCUGAUUGUUUCUCAACUGUUUUGCUCUUCAUGUAUUUAUCCCUCUUGCGUUUGUGACGGGGUCUGGACAAGAACAGGCGUAGUUCUGUUGCUCCUCAGCUACAGUUGUAUCUUUCUGGUGGCGUAAUGACACAUUUUCGGUCUUUUGAAGGCGGAGGCGC